AUGACCACCACCACCGUCUCGCGCCCCAUGGGCCACAACGACCCCUUCCCGGUGCACCUCGCUCCCGAGUCAAUUCCUGACCGGAGUGACACGAGGAGCCCGUGCCGAACCACAAUAAGCCACUUCGACGACUCCUCCGACGACGAUGACGCCUACUUGGACCCUGAGGAGGACCCACCCAGCCCGGCCCCCUCAGGCCGUUCCAACAUCCCCCUGCACCCCAUUGCGUCUAUGCAGGACGCCUUUGCAGAAUCCCUGGAGGAGGCUACCGCGGGAAGCCUCGAGCAGAAGCCAAAAUUGAAAACCCUCGACGCAAAAGCACGCCGGGAGAAACUGCUUGAUGAGGACAAAUCUGAAGGACCCCCAAACCGCCUUUGGCGCUUCCGACCCGGCCAGAAGUGCCAUGAGCUCAGGAAACUGAUGGCUCAGAUAUCCUUCGGCGUGUACCUGCUCAUCAAUGGCAUGGCCAACAGCAACGCCCAGGUCCUCUCCAUACUCCAGGGCCACAUCGACGAGGUCGACGAAUUCCUUGAGGCGGCAAUGGAGGACGUGAGGCUGGCGACCCAGGACCUGAACGAGAGGCUGGAUUUUCUGAAACUUCCAAUGGAGAACAUGGAAAUUUUUGAGCAGAUGCUGGAAAACCGGAAAUUCCGUCUUCAAAUCGUUGAAGGAAACGUCAAAAUCGAGCACAUCCUCUCCCGGACCUCGACCGCGCAUACACAGACCAUCCGCGAUACGUCCGAAGGCCUCCGCGCGGCUAAACAGUUUUCCCAAUACUUGACAGAGAAUGAGAAGGGCCAGUGGCGGCAGGAGCGGCCUGACGUGAUAGACGUUUUCGAUGCGAUGAAGGGCAACACGGAAGGCUGGUUCAAUGCCUUCACGGCCCUGGAGUCACAAAGCACCCUCCUCAGCGGCCUCUGUGUCCGUCUCAGCACAAUGAUUGUCGAGAUUGACAAGAGGGCUGGGGAGUUCACGCUGGAGCCAUACUCGGACCCGGAUGGGCGACCCAUGUCCCGCGCCCCCGAUGGCCCUGCGCACGCCACACCGCCGCCCUCGCCCCCGACGUCCAAGAUCGGUGCUCCUCCGCGCAUCAAAACGCUGUACUUCGGGGCGCCGAUGACGUCUCUUCUGGAGGCUCCCGAGAGCCCUGUCUGCUUUGAGCUCCCUACGAGAUCGGCAAAGAGAAUGACACAAGACUCCGAGACGGUGAGGGACAGCCUCCCCGCAUUCGAGUACACUCCUCCGGAAACCUCAACAACAAUACCAGAGCUCGUGGUUGAGCGGGUAGCCCUGCAUGACGAGUCGAGCGAUGAGGAAUCAGGAUCAGAAAGCUCAGCCGGUGACAGCAACGACAACGACAACGGGUUGUUUAUCCUGCAGCCAAGGACCUACACGCCAGUGCCCCCCGCACCAAUACCAUCUCCGCGAGUCUCGGCCGCACCACGGCCGACGCCAGAAGAAAUAAGCAUUCACAUCGAGGCCGAGGAGGACGAUGAUGACACGGAUUCGGAGGAUUGGUUGCGCGAGUCCGCCAUCAUCGUCCCGCUCCCUCCUCCGCGCUCCACGCAUAGGACAGCACCGCAUCCGGACCCUCACCCAAAGCCCCUGCAGAUCAGGCAAAGGCAGGGGUCAGAGCCGCAUGAACUGGAGGCCAAGUCUUCUCACCGGACUUCCUUGAGAGAUCGAGUGUCACUCAAGAUCGAACUCCCAAAGGACAUUCACGUACCGGCAGCCAACGCGCUAGAUCUUCAGCUACCACGUUUCCCCACCCCAGGGGACUCAGUGCAAGGCUCGCCACGUAGUAAUCGACCCCAGGAUUCCGCACGCGGCUCUGAGGUCGAUGGACCUCACAACCACGACUCUGGAAAACACUACAUCAACGUCGAUUACACACCACCCUCGUUUCCGAACCUAAUACCGUCACCGGCCUCUGAACACCAGUAUUUCCGCCCUGUCCAGGCCAGCCCUCACUCGCCAUUGCAGCAACGCCCUCACACAGCUGGAACGGUUGGCAACAGGCCUGGGAAUCACCAACGCAACGCGCCGUCGCAGAUGGGCAUGAGCAUGCUCAGCAACGUGACGACGAUGAGCCAGGACAGCUCCGGUACCAACCGAACGGUGAAGAAGAAGCGCAGCGCUUUUGGCUGGCUGAAGAAGGCGUUCUCGCUUGACGAGGAAGAGCGGGCGGCGUUUGAGGAGAGACGGCGUCAGCAGCCCGUCAACCACUACUAUGACCAACGGAGCCCACAAUUCCUCGAUGGCAAGAGGAUGGACCGCCCACCGUCGAGUCGGCCGGCAUCCAGUCGGCCAACGACGGCGCGACCGCCGACCGGACGGCCGACCACAGGACGAACCUACACGUAA